UUUAAGUCAGCAAAAUGGACUUAAGAAAUCAGGUCCUUUGCUGCAAAGCACAAUGGGAAAUCAAUAUCGCACACCAGAACUAGGAGGCAUAAGAACAGAAAAGGUUUAAUAUUUACAAAGCAAACAAAUAAACAUGGUUUUAUUUAGAACUGUUUGGGCUGGAAGGGACCUUAAAGAUCAUCUGGUUUAACUGCACUCAAAAAAAAAAACCUGUAUUUUUUUCUAGAAAUCUUACAAUCCGUAAGUAUAAUUUUAUUAGAAUAAAAAUGCAGUCCUGUCAGUGAACAUCCCUCUGAGGUGUUUAGAGUAUCCCAGCCAGAUCUUCCCUACAAGAGACUUUUUUCCAUCAUUAACAUUGCUGGCAAGGACAAGGAUAAAGCAGUAGAACACAAGUUUCAAAUUGAGAAGGAUCAAUUAAAAUGGGCUUAAAUGCAGACAUUCUUGUUUCUGGAAUAUUACAACUGUUGCUACCCUUCCAAAGUGCUGGAUCACAGAGUCAGUGCAGAGGCUGAGAAUGCUUUCUACAGAGUGAGAAAAGUGAAGGGAAGGAAAUUAUUGGAAAGAAUGGAGGCAUGAAUAUUAAGAGCAGGAAAAAAUAUAUAUUAAAAAAAUCUACAAAUAUAGCCAAAACCAGAGAGCAUAGAAAGCACUGAAGAGGAACCAAUAACUACACCUGGAGAAAUACUAAAGGCACCAUGGAAGCAAAGAGAGCUACACAGGUUAACAGUCUCUGUUCUCCACCAUGGCUAUAAAAACUAGGACUCUCCUGGAAUACACAGAGGCAAAAAUUAGUCAUUGUCACAGUGAGGUUCUUGAAGAAGUUGCAGCUCUGCAUUGCCUGCAGCCCUCAUGCCCUACAAUGAAGCCGGCUGAAGGAUCCUUCUCUCAGCAGCUCAUACCCCGUCCUACUGUGCCAGCUCCACACAACCUGAACCCAUUUCUACAGUCCACCAACAUGUGGUAUUGUUAAGGUACCAACUCAAGCAGCUGGUGAUGGGUAGCUGAGAAUCCAACACAUCCAGACAUUUACAGCGGACUCUGAGCCUCAAAACAUUAGUCUUCAAUGGAUAAAUUACUGGGUUUGACUGCUCUCGUUUCAGGAGUGACAGACAGGUUUUGCAGGAGGCUCAAGGUUUGCCUGCAUGCAACCUGUCAUCUUAGAGACUACACUAAGAUUUGUUUGUGUUAUCUUUAUCAUUGCUACAAUUAGAAUGAAACAGAUAGGAAAACUGCAUCUCAGAAAUCACAACUUCACAGGUGUGUAAAACACAGCAAUGCAAGCCCUGUCAGUAAGCAUUUAGCUUUGACAAGGGCUUGGCAGGGCAUAAUUUAACCCCAGCCGUCACUGUAAAAGUUUACUCAUCUGUGGGAAAUAAGACUGCAGCUUUGCUGGGGAUUCAGAGGCUUCAUUAUGUAGAUUCACUCUAUAGGCUUCUUUCUCAGUGUGCAGUUUGAGAUGUGCUACAGCUUUGCUGAGACUUCUCUACUCAGCCUCACUAAUUUACUAAAAUUAGGUAUUUUUUAUUUAGUUUAGAUGGAGGGGCAUGAUCCCUAGUCAAAAUAUAAAUUUUAGAUACAAAAAGGAUAUAAGCAUAGCAUACUGUUAAAACAGAUAUGCACAUAUGACAUUUGUUCUAGUAAUUAGGCCUCAAUGUCAAAACAAACCUCUUGCUAGAAGAUGCUUUUAUCUAUUUUAAAAGUAUUCCAAAUAUGUACACUACAUCUAUAUUUUAUAUAGGUGUAAAACCAAAUGACAAUGAUAGCCAUCUUUAAAACAAUUAGAUUACUUUAAUGAACAAAUUAAAUCUGUAAGCAAUUAAACAUCAGAGUAAUUAGGAUCAGAAAGUGGCAGUUCUUUGGUAGCGCACAAGCAAAGAAUUCAGUUUAAAUGACAAAAGAAAUGGAAAAGAUGAUCUGACCAGCAGUUUGAAAAGGUUUUCUCACCCCAGAUAAUAGUUUUUCAGGCUAAUCAGAAUCCUGAGCACCAGCCUAUUAUUCAUUCUGCGAUUCUGUGUGUGUCGUUGUCUGAGUAAAGACCCAAGAUCAGAGCACACGCAGACAGGACGCUUGCUGCGGAUGUUCAUGCAAUGGUCAUAACAGCCCUUCCAGACUACAUCUCACAAAUCAGUUUGGAUGGAGCAAACAAGCACAAGCUGCCCACAGAAACCCGUUAAGGGAUGGAGUCACAGAUGCAGACCUGAAGUUAUCAUUUUUAUUAAAAAAAUAUUUCAGUUGUAGUGUAGUCUCAGAACGGAAAACACCAGAGGCAAAUCAAAAUGAGGUCUUGAAGCAGAGAGAGGAGAAGGCAGGAGGCAAAGCUGUAUGAUAUUACACAGGGAAGAUGAAGGCCAUUUUAUUGUGUUGCUUGUAACAUUUUAACCAAAAAGAAAAGCCCACAAUGGGUUUGAGCGUAUGGUAGGGCUGGAUGAAGCACAAGGCUUGUAUUUCAUGAAAGAUGACCAGACAUAAAACACAGGCCAAGCUCAGCUCUGGAAAAAUCAGGGGUGCACAAGGGGAAGAGAAAGAACACCAUGAACACCAACAUAAACGAGGUACAAUUGAUAGAACAGUUCUGCCUCUCACUUAUCCUCUCUGCUUGAGCACUGGUGAGACAUCGGGCAGCUGGGCAUUGCUGUCUCUGGCCCCAAACAUUUAAUGAUCACUGAUUUUAUCUGCAUGCUGAUAAAAUGUGGUUUAUUUCUGUUACCAUUUCGGCAACACCAUCCAAGAGCUGGUAGGUAACACAGCCAGUAAAGAUGUAGCAUAGCAUUAAAUUCAGAUUUUGAUUAGUACAGUAGAUGUGUGCAAUGUUACUUCUGAGUUCACUGCACUUAAGAGGUUCUUUCCACGUAGCUUUAAAUCUGAAGUGACAGACUGUAGCAUGAGACAGCUAAAAGAAGCCAACUUUAGAAGUCACAAAAUCAGAAAACAUUGAAGAGACUGGCAAGAGCUUCACCAAACAUUUACAUUAAACAUGAAUUGUUGUUCUGAUUACAUUUUAGAGCCAGUAAAUGAAGAAUUUUUUUAAGAGUUGCUCAUCUCCUACUAGAAUUUUUAAUUUUUUAAAGCACAGCAGAUCGGUGCAAAGUACUAUCUCUCCAAUAAGUUACCUUUAUGAAACAGUACAGCAAAAACAUAAUAAUUAGUCAUACUUAACCACAAAAAAUACAUAGGUCUCAUGCCUGCUCUUUGCACUUUUGAGAAGUUUUUUUAAUAAUUACUAUUCAUGGCAGAGAUAAACCAACUGUAACAGGCAAUUACACAAAGCAUGUGGGUUUGCUACAAGCUUCGCUGCUCCCCUGGAAGCCAGGGCAGAUUACCACAGCUAAACAAACCUGGGGGAAAGACCUACCCCUACCUUUUACAUCACAAUUGGAGAACAGCAAAUGCUCUGAUAUUUGCAUCUGAUUCCACCUGAAGUACUUGCUUGGUUUUCUAAUAUUGACCAAGUCUUUUCUCACCUCUAUGUUUCUAAUUGCAAGAAGCUCAAAAUGCUUUCAGAAAUGGAGUGGAUUUGUAGGCAGUACAUGACUUUCUUUUGGGGAGGAUUGCACAACCAUUCUGCUCUCUUACACUGGUGGGCAUAACUAGUUCACAGUGGGAGAGCUAUUUAAAUAUGUAAAUUCCCACCUAUUCAUGUUGACAGUAUUGCAGCCAAAGUAAAUUGGUGACAGGGGACAAGGCAAGACUUAACUCUACGCAGUGCAGUUUAAAGAGCAGAACUGACCCAUCCACAGCACCAGACUAAGUUUCUCAACAGUAUUAACUUUUCAAAGCUGUACCUGACACACAAUUUCUGCCUGUAAGAGAAGGGAGCAUAACAUUAUUUUCCUUAUAAAUUCAGAAUAUUAUUUAAUUUCAAGCUCUGCUGCAAGAGAGCCUGAAGUAAAAGUUAAGUAACGACUCCAACUAGCUGCAUUAAUGAUGCCUUAGAGCAGGGGCCAAGCAACCAACUCAAAUCGAGCUCAAGUGGCUUAAAGUUAUGCCUUUAGGGUUAGGCAAAAAAAGAGGUUACAUCUGUGGACAAAGAGAACAUUUUCACAGUUUAACCAGAUCACCCAUGCUCUAAUAUCAGUUCUUUCAAAGUGCUGGUGCUCAUUUUUUGCUGUUCUUUGUGGACAGUAGUUUCCAUACUUGCAUUCUCUGUAAUACGUUACACAGUAGUAGAAUAAAUGUGGUUCUUUAACUGAUCACACUAAGAACUGGAGAGCAGUCCAAUAACAUCUCCUAAAGCCUGGUGCAAUAGAAUCAGUUUUAAUCCUUCUGAACCCACAAAAGGAUGCUAUAGAUUAGCUCUAUUUCUCUUUACAACCUUCCUUUUGACUUUAUUUUGCAGCUAAGCAUUUUUGAAAAGCAGCUAGGAAAAGGCUUAAGACUCCCUCUAUAAAAUGUCUGGAACUUAUUUCUGACGAAGUAAAUAUAAUAUGCCCUUCGCUUUAAUUGGCACAGAAUCACAAUAUCACCAUCCACCUUAACUUGAGUUUACUGCUAACAAAUUGCUGCAGUGGAAUUAAAGCUCAAAUAUGACCCCAAAGACUAUUGAGCACUGCAAGAUGAGCUCUGACAGCAUAGAAACAACCACAGCAAUUUUACUCAGACUCUACUACAAACACUAGCCUGUAAAUCUGAUCUAUAAAAACAAAACACGAUUGAUCACACAAGGUGGACUUGCUGCUUUAGCUGCAAUAAGGUGCAAUGGGAACUACGCACUCAGUGUUUGAGCUUCCAUAGCACCAUGGAAAUUAAUCUGAUGGGGCUGAGCUAUCCCAGCAAUGCUUUCACUUAUAAUGCUUCACAAUACUUUUACCUGUCAUCAUCCUUGUCAAAAAAGCUGUGGAUUCAUAAUGCAGACUUAUCAAACUGUAGUCUUCAGGCAACUGAAGUUCUCAAGCAACAGUGACAGCGAUGAUAGUAGCUGUACAAGUUGAAAAGCUCCAGCUAAUUUCAUAAUGAAGAAGUGUUUGCCAUCAUACGCUCCUGUCUUAUUAGCUUAUACUUAGAGGUUAGUAACAGUAAAGAAGUGCUACACAUCUGAUAAAGCUGCCCUCUAGGAUAGUCACAUCUUUAUUAUCAUAUUUUCAGGUAGACAUCACUGUAGACACCAGAAGAUGCAUCAAAGCACAAUUCUGUAUUGUUUUGUCUCAAACUCCACAACCUUCACCUCACUUACACAACUCCACUGCGUGUGCUGUGCUUUUACACAGUAAAGGACAGUACUCAGUGCGAGCAGUUACUGUAAUUGAGUUCUAUACCAUCGAAAGCUGAGGAAAGGAGGAGAAACCACACAGCUUUAGGGAUUAAAUAUAACAUGGGAUUCAAGCAACCAAAAAAAGACUGUGUUUCCAGCAAUAACCAAGAUAGAGGAUUAAGGAAGAAUACUGCAGAUAGAGUAGCAAAGCAGAGCUAUUCAUUACAUCUACCUGAACACAUGCCCACUAACCUCCAAAGCACAGACAGAAGGCAAAACAGCAUCAUGUUCGCCGUGAAAGAUCAACAGAAAGGUGAAGAAAUUAAUUCCAUCAAUCUCCAUAAACGGAGGAGGAGAUUUAUCAUUAAGAAGAGCCCAAUUCUGAUUUCCAUGAACAGCUCUAUUCUCAACCUGCCCACACUUAAACCCGAGGAUAGAAACAGCAAGUGGAAAAGUCUCUAUCAGAUCCAAAGAGAAAGAAAGCGGAUAAUGAGGGAAACUUGUUCUAAAUACAAGAGUAAUAAUAGAAGAAUAAUCACUCCUUAUCACGUUUCUAGAAUAUUCGUAGAAGAUAAAUACAGAAUUCUGUAUUGUGAGGUGCCAAAAGCUGGCUGCUCUAACUGGAAACGGGUACUCAUGGUUCUUAAUGGGUUGGCUUCUUCCACAAAAGACAUACAGCACAACACAGUGCACUACGGAAACUAUUUAAAGAGGCUGGAUGGGUUUGAUCACAAAGGAAUUUACCACAGGCUCAACAGUUACACAAAGAUGCUUUUUAUUCGUGAACCUUUUGAAAAGCUGGUAUCUGCAUUUCGGGACAAGUUUGAACAUCCAAACAAUUACUACCACCCAGUUUUUGGAAAAGCCAUCAUUUCCAGAUACCGUGUCAAUGCCACCAAAGAAGCAUUAAGGACAGGCUCUGGGGUCAAAUUUAAAGAGUUCAUUGAAUAUCUCCUGGACGUACACAGGCCAGUGGGUAUGGAUAUCCACUGGGAUCACGUCAAUAGGCUUUGCAGCCCUUGUUUAAUAGACUACGACUUUGUUGGGAAAUUUGAAAGUAUGGAAGAAGACGCCAACUUUUUCUUACACUUAAUUGGUGCUCCACAAAAUUUAACUUUCCCUAAGUUUAAAGACAGGCACUCCGAUGAAGAAAGAACUACCACUAAAAUUACACAGCAGUACUUUGCACAGCUUUCUCCUUCUCAACGACAGCGAAGCUAUGACUUUUACUAUAUGGAUUAUUUGAUGUUUAACUACUCAAAACCUUUUGAAGAUUUAUAUUGAUUGGAGAGCUGGAACAUUCCCACAGUCAUAUUGGUGGAAUUGCAUAACAAAGCCAGGUGGCUGCUGUUUAUAUAUACUUGUCUGUUAGCAAACAAUUGGUUGAGGAGCAGGAAAAAACCCAAACCAGAACAUAAAUGGCUAGUGAUGUUUACACCUUGACCUUAAUUGCCUCCUUUUUCAAAUCAUAUUUUUUCUAUAAUUUCUCCACGUUAUACGUAUGUACAUAUGUGUAUAAUAUUAUAUGUCAGGGCUCCCAAA